UACUCGAUAAUUCUAAUUAUCCAAACAGAUUUCUCAUUUUCUCUUCAGCCAAACAAGUCCAAUUUGAAAAAAAACACUUUCCCGGAAAAAAAUGGCUUUGUUUUUUCGGUUGAACUUUCUCUAAUCUCACUUUUUCCUAACACCUAAACUUUCUCCCUUCCUAUAUUUUGAUCUUCCGAUGGCUCUUCUCGUCCAUUCGCCUGAAAUUUCCACUUUGCCGAAGUUCUUCUGUAACCCUAACCCAAGGAAUCCCAUAAGCUUCGUUACAUUGAGGAACAAUAGGAUGGUUGGGUCUAGGGAUAGGGUUAGGGUUAGGGUUUCGGAGCUGGACCAGGGUCUGAAUUUGUCCGGACAAUUCUCAGCUCCGGUGAAGCGAGGUUCGAAGCCCAGCAAAGAAGAGGAAGAUAAGCAGAAUUACUACGUUAAUAUGGGCUAUGCGAUUCGGACUCUCAGAGAGGAGUUUCCCGGGAUCUUUUAUAAGGAGCUCAGUUUUGAUAUCUACAGGGAUGACAUCGUAUUUAAAGAUCCUCUCAAUACUUUUAGUGGCAUUGAAAACUACAAAUCAAUCUUCUGGGCACUACGAUUCCAUGGAAGGAUAUUUUUUAAGGCUUUAUGGGUUGACAUCAUUAGUGUGUGGCAACCUAAGGAGAACAUUAUGAUGGUUCGAUGGACUGUCCAUGGUAUCCCACGAGUCCUGUGGGAGAGUUGUGGUCGAUUUGAUGCCACCUCAGUAUACAAAUUUGAUAAGAAAGGAAAGAUAUUCGAGCACUGUGUUGACAACAUCGCUUUCAAUUCACCUUCAAAGUUUCGUGUGCUGGCUGUGGAGGAAUUGAUCCAAACUCUUGGUUGUCCCUCAACCCCCAAACCAACUUAUUUUGAAAUUUCUUUUCCUUCAUCCUCAAAGAGAACUUAUCAUGACUAAACUGCUUUGAAAAUUUUGGUUUAUGUUGAGGUAUGAUCAAGUAAAUAUUGAGCUAGAGCUUCGAAAUGUCGCCAAUGUAUAUGUGUAAUAACCUGGUUUCCUGGUUUAGUCUGUAAAAUGAUCUUUAAGUUGACAGGCAGUUGACUUAUGUAGUGCUUGGUUGAUCGAAUUAUUAGCACCAGCUAAUAUGAAUUGUAUAUGCAUGUUGUAAUUACUCAGACUUGAGGUUUCAGCCUUGGUCAACUAUUGUAUAACUGUUGUAUACUCAGUAUAGAAUAGGUUAAAUGCAAGCUCCUUUAUUUUUAAACUA